AUGCACAGUCUCUGCCAGGUGGUUGGGGUGGAGGGGGGGGGGGGAGGUAUGGGCUGCAUUGAGGUGGGAAUGCUGGGAUGGGGAACACGAGGGUGGGGGCGGUGGUGUGAGUGGCUUUGGGCUGCUGGGCAAGGGACGGUGGUGCUGGGGAUUGCGCGGGGUGCGGGAUGGAAGAGGAUUCAGGAUGGGAUUGAAUGCAGGGGAGGGCAUUUGAGAGUCUGA